GAGAAACCAAAGAAUCUCCUCGACAGCAAUAGAUUUUCAGAAAACUGCGUUUUGUUUGACCAAGUAGAUAACUCUGAGAGUACCUUCAUUCGGGGCUUCUUUAUUUGAUGAAGUGGGAAGUGUCUGGCUGAGCAGACCAGAUAAAAAAAUAUAUAUAUAUUUGGCUAAAUUUAGCAUGUGCUGCUCAUGGAAAUAAAAUGUAAAACGCAGAAAAUGUUCAACUUGACCAGGAAAGUAAGACAAGAAGAAAAGCCGCCCCUGAAAUCCUCAUUAAUCCAAAGCAAGGCAUCUUAUGAUCUAAGGAAGCUCCAAUCCUUGCUUGCCAAAAGCAGCCCCAGACAGGAGGUAUCAUCACCGACUCAUAGUAAAGCCGUCAGCAGCAGAACCAUCAGAUCCUCACAUUCUCCAAAGCACAUCAGCAGGCUCAGGAAUGACAGCGACCUCAGCAGUGAAGUGACUCAACUGGAAAAAUUCAGCAUAGCAUUCAAAGAUCAAAGAUCUUUCAGCAGUCACCCUCUAAGUAAACUGUUCCUGGACAUUCUUACAUCAUUGGUAAAAAAUAGACUCUGCAGUGAGUGGAUCAACCAUGCACCUCCUGAAGCGGUUCAUAGAGUUCUUAUCUGCCUUCGACUGCUGAUCAGAGAUCCCAACUAUCAGAAAAUUCUUCAUGAGCUCAACGGCACCCGAUUUCUUGCGAGGUACUUGGAGUCUGUGACAGCCAAGUACAUAUCAUGUGGUGAGGAGGUGGUGUAUGAUACUCAGAGGCUGGUUACAAUGACCUACAUAUUUCAGAAGCUGUCAUCUGCUAAUAAUCAAAGGUCCUGGGUCAUUCAGAGUGGUGCACACAGGACCCUGGCGACACUCCUCUCCUCGACAGACUGUGGUGUGUUACAGGGAGCCAUUCUUGCACUUACAGCUUUGGCUGAGAGCUCUGAAUACAGGACAGAAAUCGGAAAGCUACAAAUCGUGGAAAGACUUCUUAUUAUACUGCAGGAAUAUGACCUGAUCUUAAAGAGAAUGAGUGCUGAGUUGCUGAGGCUUUUGUCUUCAGACCAACAUGUGAGGGACCAGUUAAAGGAGCUGGAGGGAGUACCGGUGCUGCUGAGCCUCCUGCACUGCAGGAACCUGAAGCUGCUGUGGAGCGUCACCUGGGUCCUGGUCCAGCUAUGCGAGUAUCCAGACAACAGGGCUGAGAUCCGGAGCUGGGGGGGAGUGCAGCAGCUCCUCCGUCUGCUCAACAUGCAGCAUAUCUCUGAUCAUCCAGCCAUGGAGAUGCCUCCCGCUCCCAGCAAACCCCCUCAGUUCUCCAGAGAACUUACAAGUGAGGAGCUUGGACCAUAUGAGAAGGUGCAGAACAUGGCGGCUCUACAGUCAGCCUGCUGUACAGCUCUGACUGAGCUGAGUCUGGAUGACAUGUCUGCUCACCACAUUGUGCAGGAAAAUGGUAUCUAUAUCAUUGCAAACCUAAUUUUGCCAAAAAACUGUGAAGCGGAAGACAUUUCUUUACAGUGCUAUGCCUUCCGAGCUCUAAGAUUCCUCUUUAGCGUUGAAAGAAACAGAUAUCUGUUUAAAAGACUCUUUCCCACAGACCUCUUUGAAUUGUUUAUUGAUGUUGGGCAUUAUGUGCGAGAUCUCACAGUUUACGAGGAGCUGCAGACCAAAGUUUCACUAUACUCUGAAGAGGAGCUGAAUAGUCUGAGAGAGAAUAUUGAUGCUGUGGACGAGACCCGGCCUCCGCUCAGAGUGAUUGGUGGUUACUCCAUACUGGACCACCUGGGCUCUGGAGCUUUUGGAAGUGUCUUUAAAGUCCAAAAGCAAGCCGGGCAGAACUUUCUGGCUCUAAAGGAGGUAAACCUGCGUAAUCCUGUGUUUGGCAAAGACAAGAAAUCCAGAGACAGCAAUGUGGAAAAGAUCAUCUCUGAGCUUACAAUCAUCAAAGAACAGAUGAUGCACCCAAACGUAGUUAAAUAUUAUAAAGCAUUUUUGGAAGGUGACAAGCUUUACAUUGUAAUGGAGCUGAUUGAGGGUGUGCCACUGGCUCAACAUUUUAAUUCACUGAAGGACAAACAACAAACAUUCACUGAAGACAGAAUUUGGAACAUAUUCAUACAGAUGUGCCUGGCUUUAAGGUACCUGCACAAAGAGAAGAGAAUAAUUCACCGUGACCUCUCACCAAACAACAUCAUGCUGGGGGAGAAAGAUAAAGUCACCAUCACUGAUUUUGGGCUCGCUAAGCAGAAACAGGAGAACACUGAGCUGACGUCAGUGGUUGGUACCAUCCUGUAUUCCUGUCCAGAGGUGGUGCAGAACAAACCAUAUGGAGAGAAAGCUGACAUCUGGGCUUUGGGCUGCCUCCUGUACCAGAUGGCAACUCUACAACCUCCGUUCUACAGCAGCAAUAUGCUGUCCCUUGCAAACAUGAUUGUUGAAGGGGCCUAUAAGCCAGUUGAAGAGGGAAUGUUUACAGCGAGGCUCACAGAUAUGAUCAGAUGGUGUUUGAGUUCAGAUGCAGACCAGCGGCCGGACAUCGUAGCCGUCAGCUCCAAGAUUACUGACAUUAUGAUGAGGCUGAUGGAUGGACUCUACACCUCCCAGAAUGCACUGCAGCGAAGAGCCGAUAAAGACAGGAAAAGAACACAGAAGUGUUUAAUGGAAAGGCUACAAAGCAAGAAAAACUACUGCCACUCAGUCAUGGAAAAACGACUAAAAGAGUCAGAAUAUUUGGCUCAAAACUCCUCUGCAGGCUGCAGCUCUGGAGAAAUGAUGCAGCCAAACAGUCAAGAAUGGAUCAGACUGAAGCCGGGUAGUGGUGAUUUUACUGCUUCAAACAUAAAACCGAGAAAAGUGUCUGUGGGAAUCUGUGUGUCGCAGAGGAAACUGCGACUGAUUGAUGAUCCCAUCCAGCGGCUGCUUGUGCAGCUGCACAAAAUCAUCUUUAUAACUCAACUUCCACCAACAUUGCACCACAACAUCAAACGGCGUCUUGUUGAGAGAUUCAAAAAGGCUCUCUUUCAGCUUGGCAGUGAUCCGUACAACUUAAAGGUGGAGCUUAGCAAGCUGAUCCAGGCCUCAUCAGAGUUGAUGGAGUUAAACUCGACUACUUUAGACUGGCGACACGUGAUGCAGCAUUUCAGAGUGGAACACGUUACUGGUGAUAAUCCAGGUGAUGAGAAUCUCAGUGAUGGAGUCACAUAUCAGCAAAUGCAGGGAAUCAUUGAGGAGCUCCUGGAGGAGAAUGGCUACUAUGAAGCAACAAGCAGCAGGACCAAAGCCAAUGAAACAGCCCAAAAAGGAACUGACAGCAAUAUUUAGCUGCUUUCCACUUCGCCCAGAACUGGCUCAGGGAGUAACAUUACUCAGAAAACAGGACCAGCAGGACUUGUAAAUGUACUGAUAAGCUCAAAGAAAAUUCACAGCUACAUGUUGACAUAGGAGGGAAAAACAGUGGUAUGUAUUAAUAAGAUACAAACUGACCUUUACACGAGUCAGCUAUUUUUCAUUAUGAGUCUCUGAGUUUCACAUGGUUUUACAGUUUUGGAGAAAAAAACAGCUGUGAUUGUCUUAGGACUAUAAUAUUUUAGCAUCUACCUGCUCAGGGACCAUAAUCCUACAAUAAAUAUCUCUCAACUUUCUUAAAAAUACGUUUUAAUGGGAAUAUUAUUUAUACGGUACUUAAAUAAAGAUCUAAUCCAUUUUAGAGAACACAAACCUUCAUACCGGUUCAACCUUUCCAGAGAUGUCAACAUGUUGACUUAGAAUUUAUUGUGAUCAACCAAAACAAAUCAAGAUGUGAAAUGUCUGAAAACAGGUUUAACAUUUCUUAGGAUUGCCUAGUUCUUUAUCUCCCUUUUUUCCUGCUGAUUAAAAGCAUCUCCACAGCAUGAUGCUAAAAUCUGAAAUGAACAUUUGCUGUGAAAAGUAUAGUACCUUCACCUAUUUAGAAAGAAAUAUUGUAAUAAAAGUGCAAACAUGUAUGUUUCAACUUUAGCAGGUUUAGAAAUACCACAGAGACAACUUUCAACUGUUUUUUUGUCUCAUAUAUUGUUUGUCUGUACAAAUGUGAGAAAUGUGACUUUACCAAUAAAGUUAACUGAACAUGUAUAA